UGUUUGUUAGAUUGGAAUAUAUGAACUGAAAUUCUCCCGCUAAAUUUUGUUGUUGUUUUCUGUGGAGUCGGCGGUUUAGAUUUUAACAUAAAACUCUUCCGGAAAAAUGAGUCUGGAUUCCUCUAAUUCGAAACAACGAAGCAUCAAUUCAACUUCUUCAAACAAUCAAAGUAACACCAGCAAUAGCAAGAAGAGGAAAAGUAACCAGAAAACCUUAGGCAUGGCUUGGGGCGCCAAUUCUCUUUCCGGCUCUCGCCCCUCUUUCCGCUCUUCUCCUUUCUCUGAUUUCGGAAGUUAUAUGGCUGUGAAAAAUAAAAAGCUUCAAAAUCAGUUUGAUGCACAGGCUUCGAAUUCUAGUCGUAGUGAUUCUUAUACGAAACCUAUUUUUGACGGGGUUUCAAUUUUUGUUGAUGGUUUCACGAUUCCAUCUAGUCAGGAGCUGCGACAGUACAUGUUGAAUUAUGGUGGCCGAUUUGAGAAUUAUUUUUCAAGGCAUCGAGUCACACAUAUCAUAUGCAGCAACCUUCCUGACAGUAAAAUCAAGAAUCUCAGGUCAUUUAGCAGUGGACUCCCUGUAGUGAAACCUAUGUGGAUUCUAGAUUCUGUUGCUGCUAACAAACUCUUGAGUUGGGUUCCUUACCAGCUUAACCAACUUGCUAACAAUCAACCAACAUUGUCGUCCUUCUUCACUCCAAAAAGCAAACCUGCAGAUGAGGGUGCUUUUACAAAUCCAAUCUGUGAGGUAAAACAUGAAACUGGGCUUUUAUGUUUAAAGGAUGCAUCAAAGGAUGCAAGUUUUUCUGAAGCAGGUAAUUCCUUUGAAUGGAGGAAGCAAGCUACCGAAGAACACAACAAACUUAUGUGUGAAAAUUCUAAUAAAACCCUAAUCGAUGAGCCAAGUAAUAGGUAUAGUGAAGAACCUAAGGAAGUAGAAGUGUUAGAACCAACUAAUCUACAAGAGGAUGAUGAAAGCUUGGCAAACAACAGACAUCAGUCUUGUCCUGAACAAUCCUCUGCAUCUGUUAGUAGCCACUGUUUUGACAAUCGUGGUAUAAGAGGAUCACCCAGAUCAUCGGUCAUUGGACCUUCCAAGCAGCGGCAUUCCACUCUUAAGGAUCCCAAUUUUGUGGAGAAUUACUUCAAGAAUUCAAGGCUACAUUUCAUAGGAACCUGGAGAAAUAGAUAUCGCAACCGUUUUCCUAGCUUGUCAAAUGGCUGGACAAAGUCUACUAAUUCAGAUGUUUCUGCUGGUACACAGAAGACUCCCAUUAUCCACAUUGACAUGGACUGUUUCUUUGUCUCGGUGGUCAUCAGGAGCCAUCCUGAAUUAAAUGACAAGCCUGUAGCUGUAUGCCAUUCAUACAAUCCAAAAGGAACUGCUGAAAUCUCUUCUGCAAAUUAUUCUGCUCGAGAUUAUGGAAUUAAGGCGGGAAUGUUUGUUAGAGAUGCCAAGGGUCUUUGCCCUCAACUUGUUAUUCUCCCUUAUAACUUUGAAGCAUAUGAGGAGGUUGCUGAUAAGUUCUAUAACAUCUUGCAUAAACACUGCAACAGAGUUCAGGCUGUCAGCUGCGAUGAAGCAUUUUUAGAUGUCACAGACUUAGAAGGUAGAGAUCCUCAGCUUUUAGCUUCAGCAAUACGAAAAGAGAUAUAUGAAGCUACUGGAUGCAGUGCUAGUGCUGGGAUUGCAAAGAAUAUGCUCAUGGCCCGUCUAGCCACCAGUACUGCUAAACCAAAUGGUCAAUGUUAUAUCCAUCCUGAGAGGGUUGAUGAAUACUUGGAUCCACUUCCAUUAAAAGCACUCCCAGGAAUAGGUCAUGUACUGGCAGAAAAGUUGAAAAACAAAAAUGUUCAAACUUGCGGACAAUUGCGUUUAAUUUCUAAGGAUUCCCUUCAAAAGGAUUUUGGGAUUAAAACUGGUGAGAUGCUCUGGAAUUAUAGUAGAGGAGUGGAUAAUCGUCUUGUUGGGAUGAUUCAGGAGAGCAAGUCUGUGGGAGCUGAAGUGAACUGGGGUGUAAGAUUCAGGGAUUUUCAACAUGCUCAGCACUUCCUCUUAGACCUCUGCAAAGAGGUUUCAUUACGUUUGCAAGGUUGUGGGGUGCAAGGGCGAACUUUCACUCUUAAGAUAAAAAAGAGAAGGAAAGAUGCUGGAGAGCCUACAAAGUUCAUGGGUUGUGGAGACUGCGAAAACCUGAGCCACAGCAUUACGGUUUCAAUUGCUACUGAUGAUAUUGAAGUGCUUCAGAGAAUUACAAAGCAGCUUUUUGGAUCUUUCCACAUAGAUGUCAAGGACAUUCGAGGUGUUGGUUUGCAAGUUUCAAGGCUUGAAAGUGCAGAUACUUCUAGACAAGCACCUGAAAGGAACUCUUUGAAAUCAUGGCUCAUGUCUGCCUCAGAAAGUUCAAAGGAACAAUUUGAUAUCAAUAGCAUAGCCAAAGAAUGUAUGGGUACAGAUUCUGAAGGAAAGAAUAUGGAUGGAAAUUCAAGUGUGUUACACAAUGCUUCAGUGGAGAAUUCUGUUCAUGGGAUAAAUAAGCCAUCCAAUGGUGAGGGUUGUUCAAACCAGAACUCAAGUGUCCCACCUUUGUGCGACCUUGAUAUGGGAGUUGUGGAGAGUCUUCCUUCGGAGCUCCUCUCAGAAAUAAAUGAAAUUUAUGGCGGAAAGCUAUUUGAAUUGAUUACCAAAAGAAAGGUACGAGGUGACAAUAGCUCUAGAUCGUUAUGCUUCAUUCCUCCUGAACCGGCCCUAGUUGCAGAAGUGGAAGCAGAAACAUCUCACAAUUCUGAUCCUGUCUCAUUGAGCAGACCAGCAGUGGAAAUGAGGGAUGAACAGCCUAUAUUGCAAGAACUGCAGACAGUGCCAGAUUCUGGGGCCAGAUCCAAUAGUGUUGCAAUUUCCACUGCAGGACUUGAAAAUAAUGAUUUAGUGCCUUCUUCUCUAAGCCAAUUAGACACAUCAGUGUUACAGCAGUUGCCUGAGGAACUGAGAGCUGACAUAUUUGAGGCACUUCCUGCACACAGGAUUCAAGAAACCUCCGCCAUGGGUCCUAAGACAGAUAAUGAACGCCAUCCAUUGGGCAUCAAGUCUGCUGCUGACAAUCAACCUGGAUCAACUGGUACUGGUUUGAGCAACAAUCUUUGGAUUGGAAACCCUCCACUGUGGGUUGACAAGUUCAAAGUCAGCAAUUUGCCAAUAUUGAAAUUUGUUGCUGACAUGUAUUACAAAGCAAAUUCACCUGAGAGUUUAUCCUCAAUAUUGCAAUGCACUCUUGCUGAAUCCCUGCAUCCUUUAGAUUCAACAUGUGAUGCUUGGAAUGAAGCUAUUCACAGCUUCAAUGAGCUUCUCAUGAGUUAUGUUAAAUUGAAGAUAGUAGUGGAUAUCGAGGAGAUCUAUGUUUGUUUUCGUCUUCUAAGAAGGCUAAGUACCAAAUCAGAAUUCUUCUUGGAGGUGUACAAUCUAACCUUUCCCCACCUUCAGGCGUCUGUUGAUGAAAACUAUGGUGGAACCUUGAAUAUACAUCGGCAUAAUUAAUGCCACUAUCCAGGGACUGCUUACAUGUCGACAUUGAUCCUUCAUUCAGCUGGUGAAAAUUGAGCAAAUCAUCAAAGAAACUUUCACCAUUUCUAUAGUGGGCUGUGCAAGUUCCAUGAUUUAUAGGUUCUAGCUUAUUGAACUUGAACAUCAUUCCCGUGGCUUUUCUAUUUAUUCAGCCGUCCUUGUGCAUACAGCAUAUAUGCAGGUAACUUUUCUCUUAAUAGAUAUAUGUCAUUGACUCAUUGUCAUUGGUCUGUUUUUUGUUACUCUGAUUUUCCAUUUAUCUUCAGGUAUAUGUAUUCUAUAUUUUUGUUCAAUAAUAUUAUUAGAUGUGAGCAUAAAAUAUUUCAAAUAUAUUAGGAAUUGGGCAAAUACAGUUCCGAUGUUCAUCCGGAGUUGGGAUAAUACAG